AACGUCGUGAAGAUAUUGAAAGACCCGGCCUUCAGUGGCACUUCGGAGAAGAAAUCCGCCAGUUCCGCGGUGACGGAACUGACGCCUAAGGUGAUUCAGCACGACUCAGAAGGCGCGUUCUUGACAUCGCAUGAGACCACCGCUGUUGCGGGGAAGGCAACCGAAGUAAAAACCAUCCCGCGGCACACGUGGGCUGAGAAGUCUGCCGCAAUGGACGAAGAGAAAGUUGCGAAGAACGUCUUGGAGCGAACCAUGGCAUCUGCGCAUCAUCAUUUGCUGUGCGAAACAAUGCCCAUCAGCAUGUCCGUGCACGGAAACGUCGUGAAGGCUUGCGCCACGGCAGACAUCGGCAUCGGUGGAUUGAUCGUGCCAUUGUGGUUCCAGGGGAACACCUCCAUGGUCAUGGGGUCUUCGGGCGCCCAGACGCGCGCCAAGGCUGUGGCCGCUGAGGUGUCCUGGUCUUUGCCUGUGACCUCCGCUGAGGCAAAAUGUGGCCUCGGAGUCGGAAACCAGAUCAGCAAGAAGAUAUGUGUGCAACGGGAGCUGAAGCUCCCAAAGGCCACCCAGGAAGAGAGUAUGAAUUCGGCGAAUGCCGCCAUGGUGAUGGAGAAGCUGACGCAAGUUGUCGCCAGUGAGUUCUCUCGGGUGAAAGAGGCCAAAGGCAACGCUAAUGCCUGCGUGGUCACGUACGCGGUAACAUUGCCAUGCAUCGUCAACACGGUUGCCGUUAAAGCGGGGCAGGAGAUC